UUGCUAAUAGAUUUCCCCGCGAAACACACGCAGUUACUGGCGCUCGAAACGCUCCUGCGCGUGGCUAAACUAGCUAAACGAUAGCAUCUCAGGAUGGGAAUUCAAGGACUGGCCAAGCUGAUUGCUGAUCACGCCCCUGGUGCGAUUAAAGAGCAGGACAUCAAGAACUAUUUUGGCAGGAAAAUUGCAAUUGAUGCCUCCAUGUGCAUCUACCAGUUCUUGAUUGCCGUGAGACAGGAUGGGAACGUUCUGCAGAAUGAAGAUGGAGAGACGACAAGCCACCUAAUGGGAAUGUUUUACCGCACAAUCCGAAUGUUGGAGAAUGGGAUCAAGCCGGUGUACGUGUUUGACGGAAAACCUCCACAGCUCAAGUCAGCAGAGCUCGAGAAGAGAGGGGAGAGGAGAGCAGAAGCUGAGAAAAUGCUUGCUAAAGCUCAGGAACUGGGUGAGCAGGAGAAUAUUGACAAAUUCUCCAAGCGACUUGUUAAAGUCACUAAGCAGCAUAACGACGAGUGCAAGAAGCUGCUGACCCUGAUGGGUGUGCCUUACAUCGAGGCUCCUUGUGAGGCUGAAGCCAGCUGUGCUGCUCUGGCUAAAGAAGGAAAGGUCUUUGCUACAGCAACAGAGGACAUGGAUGGACUGACCUUUGGGACAAACGUCCUGCUGAGACACCUCACAGCCAGUGAAGCAAAGAAGCUUCCUGUUCAAGAAUUCCACUUUAAUCGCAUCCUGGAGGAAAUGGGUCUGACCAAUGAGCAGUUCAUAGAUCUUUGUAUUCUGCUGGGAUGUGACUACUGUGGCACCAUCAAGGGAAUCGGCCCAAAGAGAGCCAUCGACCUGAUCCGACAGCACGGCUCCAUCGACGAGAUCCUAGAGAACAUUGACCAAAAUAAGCAUCCUGCACCUGAGGACUGGCUGUACAAAGAAGCCAGGAAUUUGUUUCUGAAGCCAGAGGUGGUGGACUCGUCCACCGUGGAGCUGAAGUGGAGGGAGCCUGAUGAGGAGGCGCUGAUCCAGUUCAUGUGCAAUGAGAAACAGUUCAGCGAGGACAGGAUCCGUAACGGCUGUAAGAAGAUUCUGAAGAGCAGGCAGGGCAGCACGCAGGGAAGGCUGGACUCUUUCUUCUCUGUCACUGGAUCUCUGUCCUCCAAAAGGAAGGAACCGGAGACCAAAGGACCUGCAAAGAAAAAACAGAAAACUGGAGCUACUCCGGGCAAAUUCAAGAAGGGCAAAUAGCCUGAACUUGGUUCCCUGUUGAUGUCUCUGUCAUAACAUUCAAUGAAUCUUAAAUUCGGCAGGAAAAAUGCUGCAAAGGACGAGGUUUUUGUUGAAUGAUUGUUUCAGUUAUACAACCUUGUUGUUUACAACCAUCCACGAUCCAAGCUAGCUGUAUUUUAAGGUGCUGAAUGGUUUUAGCAAGGCAUGUUCGAAAUAAAAAGCUUAUUUUGUAGUGAAAAA